UCGUCUACUGCGUCACUUCUCCCCAAGCGCCUCAACCGAACAAUUACGGUCGCUCGAUCGAACGAAAAUAUCCCAAGAACCCGCUCGACAGAUUGAUAACUUAUUCAAAAUGUCCGCCGAUGCCGCUAAAUCCACCAAGAAGGAAAGCAAGCCUAAAAAACCAGCGGAGCACCCGAAAUACAGCGAAAUGAUCGCAUCCGCCAUUUCUUCUUUGAAGGAUCGUAACGGAUCUUCAAGACAGGCUAUAGAGAAAUACAUCAAAGCGAAUUAUAAAGUCGGAGAGAGCGUCGGAGUUCACCUGAAAAUGGCGCUCAAACGCGCAGUUGCCGGAGGCUCGAUUUUACAGACCAAGGGAGUCGGAGCUUCGGGAUCGUUCAAACUCGCAAAGAAGGCGGAGGUCCCCAAGAAGAAAGUCACUAAGAAAGUCGCCAAGAAAAAGCCAGCAGCCAAGCCUAAAAAGGCUUCUGUCAAAAAACCCGCCGCCAAAAAGGCUAAGUCUCCCAAGAAGAAAGCUGCGAAAAAGCCCGCCAAAAAAUCAACACCUAAAAAGGCAAAAAAGCCCGCCGCUAAGAAAUCGCCAAAGAAGCUAUCAAAAAAACCUGCAGCUAAGAAAACACCCAAGAAGGUAGCCAAGAAACCAGCCGCUAAGAAAUCAUCAAAGAAAUCAGCUAAGAAGUAAUUUUAUAAUAAAAAAUCACGGUUUGAAUGGGAUCUGAAAAGACUUUUAUUCCCAGUCCUCAACCCGCACAGCCACGAUGUACUAUAAAAGGAACGGCGUACUUGCAAGAGAACUGUGAGAUAGCGAGAAACAAUAGAUUGAGGCGUAGAACCUCAUAAUUGUGUAUAUGACGGUAGAAUAUGAUAAUGUUUUGUCCAGAGUUUUAGUUUUUUUUCUUUACCACAUCCAGUCACAUUUUUUUAAACCACAGAUUAAUAAUACUCAUGUAAUAUUUUAUGUAUUUAUAAAGAAACACUCUAUAGAGUGCAAAAGUUUGUAUGUAUAUAUACGAAAAAAAUCACGGAAAUAAAAUUUUAUUGAAAAUG